AUGGUCAGCAAGUAUCGUCGUCUGCUCCAACACGAUACAAGUGAGGAGAAUGAAAACGGGGAAAGGGAAAAUACGAGGCAGCAACAAAAAAAGCAGACAAAUAUUCGCUCGUGUAAGGCCUCCGUGCGGGCCAGUGAUGAAGAUGAGGAUGACGAAAUCGUCCUAGACGAAUUGCAUGAAGAAGAUGCGACGGAAGGAGAAGGGGGGAAGAAGAAAGUGAGCGAUGCUCACUCCGCAGGUGCUUCAGCAGACGCGGCGGCGCCCUCGGUUCGUAGGUUUGGGAGAGGACGAAAAGAAGUGGAUUCCGCGACACUCUCGGUAGGGGAUCAUGAGGAUGAGGUGGAUGUUAAGAGUGACCAAACUGCGUCAAGGGAAGGUUACGCGAGGAACAGCGUCGACGCAAAGGAUCAUAAAAAUAAGAAUAAAAUUGUUGUGGAUGGGAAAGAAGAAAAAGAGGACGAAGAGGAAGAGGAUGUGGAUGCCGGAGAGGACCAAGAAGAUGAUGAUGAUGAUGAUGCUAA